CCCCCGGGGGCCGGGCUAGGCCAGGCCGGGCCGGGCGGCCGGCCGUGCCGCGGCGGGCAGGCGGCUGAGGGGCAGCCGGCACCGGCGAGGAGCAGUGUUUGUGCCUGAAAAGAUCAUGUUCAACUUCAGAAGCAUCCUGAAGAUACUACAGUUCCUGAAAUUAUUAAUUUUUUUAUUUUUUGAGAAUUUAAUCUUACUCGUAUUUCCUCCACGCAAAAAAACUUUUGCUGGGGAAAUAGUGCUUAUUACUGGCUCCGCAAAUGGGAUUGGAAGGCAGAUUGCCUUAAACUUUGCUCCUUUGGGAGCAACCUUGGUUCUUUGGGACAUUGAUGAUGAAGGUAACAAAGAAACAAGCAGAUUAGCCCAAAAAAAUGGAGCUAAAAUAGUGUUUGUCUACCACUGUGACUGCAGCAAUAGGGAGGAGGUCUAUGAACAGGCAGACAAGGUUAGAAAAGAAGUUGGGGACGUUACUAUUCUAAUCAAUAAUGCUGGCAUGCUGCUUGGGGAAAAGUUUUGUGACCUUUCAGAUGCAGAUUUUGAAAAGAUGUUAAGACUCAACUUCUUCUCUCAAGUCUGGACUUGCAAGGCCUUUCUUCCAGCCAUGAUGACCUGUAACCGUGGACACCUGGUUAGCAUAGCCAGUGCAGCAGGAUUGUUGGGAGCCUACAGAAUGUCAGGUUAUGCUGGAAGUAAGUAUGCCGUCAUUGGAAUGAUGGAAGCCUUAGAUUCGGAACUGUAUCAUGCAGGAAAACAAGGCAUUAAAACCACCAUAAUUUGCCCCUAUUUUAUUAAUACUAAAUUAUCUAAAGGUUUUCAAACCCAAAACCACCUCCUUCUUCCUGUUUAUGAUGCAGAGUAUGUAGCCAACAAGAUCAUGGAUGCAAUUCAAAAGGAAAAGUUUUAUCUAAUCAUGCCUCUGUCUAUACGCUUUUUUCCUUUCAAAAUUUUCCUUCCUAGAAAGAUGGUACUGCUCUUUGAAUCUUACGUUAACAUCACCAACAGCAUGGAUAAAGCCUUCGGUCGGAAGAAAAAGGAUUGAAACCAAACUAUUCUGAAGACCUCGAGUGCCAUCUCUUUGAAAAUUUUCAGGCCAAAGCAGCACUGCAGUUCGCACAAAGCAGACAUGAAGAAGGGCGCUGUGGGAUGAUGUGCUCUGGCUGGUGAGCUGCGUGGGGAGCCUGUGUCCUGAAGAGCAGUGUACUGCAACAAGCACUGAUAAAGCACAUGCAGUGCUGUGCCGCUUACCGUGCUCCUCAUUAGUCACCACACACUUUUCCAGAUACAGUUCCACAGGAAAUGUGUGCCUUCGUUUUAAUCUGUGGCUAGAGGCUGAUACAGGAUCAUUUAUCAAAGGCUGUGGCUUAGAAAGAGCAUUUGUAAAACUGAAGUGGUGGCAAAAAAAUCAUGUGCCUACUCAGAAAUGAAAGAUGAUGAAGCCCAACAUCAGACGAAGCAGACAGAAAAAAAAUCCUUUAUAGAAAUUACUUAUAUGGUCAUUAAUUGCUUUUAUAAAUUUUGUAGACUGUUCCUACAACAGAAGAGUCAGAGUUUAUAGACAUGGGCUCUGCGGUGAGCAUCUGCUGUAGGCAGCCGCAUGGUGAACACUGGGGAAGUCCAUAGGUAUCUGACUCUCUUCUCUGACCCUGUGGGCACCGAUGUGGCUUUGAAGCACCCUGCUGAGCCCAGAUAAUUAGGUUAAGGUGUUAAGGAAUUAAAGACAACCUUGAACAGUCAUCUAUUGCCCACAUUUGUCACCAUAUUUCUAUUGUACUUAACUAACCCCAUACUUACAAGCUCCCUUCCAGCUACAAAUGCCUGUAAGAGUGCACACUUCAAUUAAAAACCUGUUUUUUUAAAUCCCAGUGUUUUCAAAGUGCACAUACAGUCAGUAAAGUCUUUAAUGUAGAUAUUACUAUCUACUAUACUAUAGAUAUUACUGGGAAAAUUUUAGCCAAGAAGGCAAAAGCUAUCUAAAGUUUGGCUCUAUGGAAAGCAAGGUUAAUUGCUUUCUAUUUUGAAAAACUCUCUAGGUGGUCAGUAAUUAAAAUAUGCUUUUCUUCCUACUUACUGAGCCAGGAAUGAAGUCUAAAUUGCUCCCUGCAAAUAACAAUCCUUUUCUCAACUGUAAACAAGUAUGUUAAAUAUUGGGAUUCCCUUAUUCCACAUGAAUAUUGCGAUUUGGCUCCAGGUUAACAAUUGUUUUUAAGUAUGGUUACAGGAGACCAUACAAACUGGCAUGACGUUAUAUUUGUGAAUGUAUUGUGGGCCUGAAUAUGCUUAAGACAUAAUUUCAUUGCUUGUGCUAUAGAGCUUAUGAACAGAGCUCACGAGGCCAAAAGACAUACAUUUCAACAUGCUUUGUAAAAUGAGGCUCCCAUUUGAAGUAGUUACCUGUUAGUGACGUUAAGAUUUGGUGGACUCGGCAUCCUUAAAAAUCGGGUAUGUCGGGAUGAAAUAUUUGCAGCCAAAGAGCACAUUCUAGGGGCUCUGACUUUGGCACCCUGGGUAUUUUUAGUUUCUUUCACUAAAAUAUGCCAACCUUAUUGCCAGCAUUUGCAGUUGUAAGUUUACAAUCUAUAUACACAGGACUUGAGAAGAUUAAGAAUAAUAUAAAGGAAACAAUGUUUUAUUUUCUAAGCCAUGUUUCACAUAGUCUGCGUAGCCACCCUGCAGAGCCUUGUUGCAUAUUGCUGCAGGCUCAGCCAAGGGCACUCUCUGACUCCGUUCUUCUGGCUAAUCUACUUGUCUCAGGAAGGAAUUUGUAAAGCUUAUACUUUCUAAGCCUCACAGUGAUCUGUUAGAUCUUCUUAUCAGCCCUAGAAAUCAGGAACUCGUUCUUUUCUUUGAAAAUACCAGGAAAAUAUUUUUUAUUUUUACAGAAAAGCGUGAUGGAUCCUGUAACGGAAUUCUAAAACUGUAAGCCGAGACCUUCCUAUUUAAGUGCAGAAGCAGCGAUUGGAUGCUGUUUCUGUUUUUAAUAUGAAAUUAUCUUUUGUGUUUUGAAACAGUGUGCCACUUAAGAAGCACCUCAGAGUUACUGACAACUAACUCCUGAGAAAUAUGUGCUUUCCUUCUCUGAGGCUUUCAUCUUACUCAUAAUUCCUCCACACAAAAAUGAUGUUGCAGGGCAAAUUCUGUUACUUCUGAAGCUGCAAAUGGGACUGGAAGGCAGUUUGUCUUCAUUUUUUUCUCCACUGGGAGCAAUCCUGGUUCUCUGUAAAACCACUGAAGAAGAGACAAGCAGUUUAGCAGGAUUAGCCACGGGCUGAAUCUACCUGUGUUGCUGCAUCAAUAGAGAGAUAAUCCGUGGUGUCAGAUAAAACAUGGGUUCUUGCUCUUUUUUAUAUGCAUUAGUACAACAUACCCUUUCAGACCAUAUUUUGCUUAUAGACGAAGUUGUAGAAUCAGGUAUCUUAUAAAGACCAUUAAUCAUACUUGACUGUAAGCAUUCUGAGGAAAGAAACAUAUGCAUGAUGCUGGGUCACCUUGUAAUCUAACGGACAUCUUUAAAUAAAUCUUAGUGGCAAC